AUGACCAGCAAAUUGCCGAACGAGGAAUGGAAGAAGAGGCUGCCUCCAGAUGUCUUCCAAAUUACACGGGAAAAGGGCACCGAAAAGCCUUUCACCGGAAAAUAUGACAAACAUUUCGAAAAUGGACAGUAUAGAUGUGUUUGCUGUGAUGCCCUCCUUUUCAACUCAGAGGACAAAUUCGACAGUGGUUGUGGUUGGCCAGCCUUUUCGCGUGUGGGUGAAUCGGACACCAACGUCGAUCUGCAUCCGGACACUUCCCUAGGAAUGAACCGUGUUGAGGUCACUUGUAAGUCGUGCGCAGCUCAUCUCGGCCAUGUUUUCGAGGACGGACCAUCGCCGACAAAUCUGCGCUACUGCAUAAACAGCGCAGCGUUGAACUUUCAACCAAAGAACUCUUCAGCUUGA